CGCGCUGUUCCCGUGGUAGGGUAGGAUGGUUGCGUUAAGAUUUUGAACGGCAGUUCACAUCGGGUUUUAAAAAUAAUCCCUAAAAUUAACGAGUUGGAUUCUUGUAAAAAGUAAUUAUAACAUAGUGAUCAGUGAUCAGUUAAUAACUAUCGCGAAAAACUGGCAGAGAAGAAUUUCUAACUAAGUUCAAGAUAUUUUCAAAAUGCCUGUUGCAACUACAGAAGCUUCCGACAAAUCCAAAUCUGGAUAUCAAAAAAUAUGCCCAGAAGAACAGAAAGACACAAAGAAGUGCAAAUUUAACGGAGUUGAUAAAAAUGAAACUGUGAUAGAUGACAAUGAAAAAGAUCCCCUAAAUAAUGAAGUCUCUAGUCAGCCAGAUAUAGUCAUACCUCCGGAUGGCGGAUGGGGGUGGCUGGUAGUUUUAGGAUCGUUUAUGUGUAAUUUAAUAGUCGACGGGACCAUUUUCUCUUUUGGAACAUUCCUUAAAAUAAUUAGUAAAGAAUUCGAUGCUGAUCCUGCUGAUGUGACACUGGUUGGAUCAUUGAUGUCUGGAUUUUAUCUAAUAGCUGGACCGUUUGUAAGUGCAAUUGCAAAUAGAUAUGGAUUCCGAAUCGUAGUGAUAUUUGGCGGUCUUCUUAGUGCUGCAGCAUUUGCCCUCUGCUACUUUGCUACCAGUGUUACUUACCUUUGUGUGCUCUACGGUGUUAUAGGAGGUAUUGGUUUUGGUUUCAUCUAUGCUCCGUCUAUAAUAAUCCUGGGAUUCUAUUUCGAAAGAUGGAGAGGAUUAGCGACAGGAAUUGCUGUGUGUGGAUCUGGAAUAGGAACAUUUGUCUACGCUCCAAUGACAGACAUUGUGAUCACUAAGUUCGGUUGGAGAGGAGCAAUGUUGGUUCAUGCUGCUUUGAUUUUAAUAUGUGCCUUAUCUGGGAUUUUAUACAGGCCCCUGAAAGCUAUGAAGAUCGAUUCUGCCACUGAACCUCUUAACCAACCGGAACCAGAGUUCAAAGUACCCGUUGUAGCUCAGCAAAAGUUGGAACUAGCCAUGAGGAUGAUGAAACGAGGCUCAGACGCAGGAUCUGUAGUCGAUCAUCAAUCGUCAAUUCCAAGACUAUUAGGUGUAAACAACAACUCCGUCUAUCCAAGAGUGUCAGAUGUCUACCACACUAUCUGUGUUCCAAACGGUACCGUUACGUCCAAGCAAACACCCCAUUUGGCUUGGACCAGAGAGAGAAGUAAGACUGAAGGAAAACUGCAAGUAUCACAUCUCCACAAGUUGAAGCGAAUGAGAUCUGUAGACAAACCAUCCGAAGUUACUCGUCCUCUCUACAGAGAAGACAUUUUCUUUAAUCAAAGCCUAAAACAUCUACCUCAAUACACUUCGCAAACGUCCGUAGAAUACAAUUUAUCGGUUACUAGAGCACCCACUAAAAACGAUAUCGAAGAAGAAAAAACCCAUAAGUGUAUGCUUUGCCCAGAAGCUUUCCGAAGAGUCCUAGCUACGAUGUUAGAUCUGAGCCUGUUCCAGUCACCCACAUUUAUAGUUUUAGCCGUAGGAGGUUUCUUUACAAUGAUGGGAUUCUUCGUGCCUUAUAUGUUCUUGGUCGACAGAGCCAAAAAUGCCGGUAUCGAAAACGCAGUAUGGCUAGUUUCUUCCAUCGGUAUAGCCAAUACUGUCGGUAGAAUGUUUUAUGGACUGCUAACCUCACUCCCUAAGGCAAACGCUCUGGUAAUUACAAAUAUUGCGUUAACAGUAGGCGGACUGGCUACAAUAUUCAGUGGAUUAUCUUUGACCAGAGAAUACCAAUUCACUUAUUGCGUCGUAUUUGGACUUGCGAUAUCAAGUUUCGCAGCUAUUCGAUCGGUAGUAGUAGUGGACCUUCUUGGUCUCGAAAAACUCACCAACGCCUUUGGACUUCUGCUGAUGUUCCAAGGAAUUGCAGCAAUUAUGGGUGCUCCUUUAGCGGGUACCUUCAUGAAAGCCACUGGAAGCAUUGACGCUUGUUUCUAUUUCUCAGGAGGACUCAUUUUGUUCUCCGCUAUUUUGUGUUAUCCUCUUAAUUGGAUUAAUACAUGGGAAAAACGACGACAUCUAGAAACUAAGUCUUCGCUAGUUUGAUAUUUAUUUUUAUAGUAGUUUUAGGAUAUUGAGAACUUUCUGUUAGAGAAAGAUGAAUGAUUAAAUUAUUGUCGUAUGCAUAGAGUAUCUUUCGAGGUAGAAAAACUCGCAUGCAAUCUAGUACUGGGUUUGAAUGAUACUACUCGUUUUUGCCUCCAAAUAAAUUGGUACUAAUAAGGAAAUAUUGAAUAGUACUGAGAAUGCAUCACCAGUGAGAUUACAAUAGUGCAGAUAAAAAAGUAUUAAUUCUAUAAAUAUUUGGAUUUUAUGGAAAAAAGUAGAAAGUUAAUGAAUGGAAUAUAGUAGCAGCUGGCCAAGGUAGUAAAGGAAUAAAAUACUGAUUGUGAACAGAAAUAAACCAUGCAAAGAUUAUCAUUGAUUAGGAGAAUAACAUAAUACAACGUUCAAUUAAAAUUUUUGUACUUAACUACUAAAGAGAAAAAUUUAUAAGAUUCUAUGCGAAUUUUUCGCUUCUCGGUGAGCAGUAUGAGACGUAUAAUGUACAUAUAGAUUAUAUAGGCUAAAUUUAAGUAGGACAAUCGUUGUCUUUGUUUAUAUAAAUUGUACAUAUUAAUGAUAAGACUUUUAAAAUCGCCGUUUGUACAAAUAUUAACAGAUUUGGAAAUUUUCCUCUGUUGGAUAAAUGGUAUUUUAUUAAACCCCACAAUGUAGUUCGUAAAUAUUUAAAUAUUUAUUACUUAGAUACUUAUAUUCCUAAUUUUUGUUAUCAAUUUUUAUUUGUUUAUUGACUAUUUUGCUCGAAAUUAUAUAGAAAGAUGGUUAUUAAUGAAAAAGUAUAUUUUCUAAGAAAUGGACUGAUUGUUUGAAAUAGACUGAUUUUUCAUAUUUAUCGAGUUCUGUGCAACUUUUUCUAAAUCAGGCGUCUUUCAGUAUACAGAAUUGGUAUACUUUGAAAAUUUUGGAUUUCGCACCAGUUUCUUUAACAUGUAGUUUCUUCGUAAUAAGACAUCAGUUGCGUCAAAUUUUAUGUGAUAGGUAUAUUAUUUUACUAUUCCUAAAUAUUGAUCAACAAUAUAAGUACAAAAUAGUUUAACAUGUGUUGAAUACAACAGGCCCAGAUUUAAAGAUAACAAGAGUUGUGAGUUCUUCGGUAAUAAUCGGAAGAUGUAGUAGGUGAUGCAGAUGGAGGUGUAUGACAUGAAACUGUGUUUUACCAACUUUCUUUAAUUACGCGUAGUGAUAUCAUAUUAUAUUAAGAAAUACUGGAUAAACCUGAACUAGCAUCCGACUAGCUCAAUUAGUUCUGGCAUAGACAAACUAUUUGUAUUUUUAUUAUACCUAUUCUUUACUUUUUUGCUUUUCUGAAUACUUCAUGACUUGUGACCGCCAACCCUUAGUCCAUUAUACCCUUAUACCACUGUUAUCAAUACAAUGUUUUUAUCUCAUCUAGACACUCUAGACUCUAGAAGCUCAUUAUAAUUCUUUAUAUUCACUUCUUUUCAAUACAAUCAUCUUGGUUUGAUGAAUAUUAAAUAUUCACAUAUUCUUACGAUACCUGGUACCUACAGGUUCACAAAAAUAUUGAGAAGCUAAAUGGAAGAGUUUGAAAUAUACACUUCUGAAAGAAUUUGAAAUUCGCAUUCUGUUCGAUCAACUGGAAUAUACUUUUUGGCUAAUAACUCUUAUUUAUAUGUUAAUAUUUGUUUAAAUAUUAUAUAUUUAUGUAAACUAUCUUGUACCUCGCAAAUCUGUGACCUUUAUGAGUAACGGUAGAAGUUUAUGAAAUAUGAAGUCUCUGAAUCAUCUGAACAUUGUGGGACUUAAUAGCAGUAGCUAUAGCAAUAGCAUUGGUAGUUCAGGGUAGAUUCUAUUAUUAUUAAAACUAUUACACCAUUAAAAAAUCAAUUAAGCUUAGACAAGUCAAUACAAAACAUAAACACACCUAAUCUGUAUUUUGCAUUGUUGUCAAAAACGCAUAUUACUUUUUUUUUAUUAUUUAUUUAAAUUUAUUUUGCAAUCUGUUGAGUGUCAACAAUAAACAAAAGUAAUUACAUUGACUAGGGACAAGAAAGAUUUUACCCACUGGCAAAAUCAAAGUACAAUUUUUAUAAAGUUCUGUACAAAAUAAUUACAUUUCAUAACUACUAACUCAUUAGUUUAAAAGUUUACUCUAAAUGGUAAGUCCAAUGGUUUGAACCUCUUUAACCUACGCUGUUCUUGGGAAUUGUCUAGGAGGUUAAGUGCAAACUGGUUUUCAUGAUCCUCCAACUUGGCAAUGUAAGCAGCGCUACGUUUUGUGAUGACUUCUUGUACCGUAUCAGUUUUAAGGUCUCGAUGAAUAAUUCUGUUGUUGAUGUACCAAGGUGCAUUAGUGAUGGUUCUGAGGGUUUUUGAUUGGAAGCGUUGGAUGAUUUCGAUGUUGGAGUGACUGGCUGUUCCCCAUAGUUCCAACCCAUAUGUCCAGAUUGGCAUAAGUAUUGCCUUAUAGAGCAGCAAUUUAUUAUCCAGAGAUAGUCUUGAUGAACGGCCCAUUAACCAAUACACAUUUCUGAAUUGGAGACCUAGUUGCUUUCUCUUGGUCCAGAUAUGUUUCCUCCAUGUGAGACUUCUGUCCAAAUGAAUACCAAGAUAUUUUACCUCAAUUACCGCAUAUUACUCGAACGCAAACUUUCCCAAUUACUUAUUAGCUCAAAAAAAUUCAAUUUUUUAUUAUAUGUAAAAACCAAAAGUGUUUAUAUUCAGUCGCAAUGAAUUACAAUAAUGUUAAGUUUGUGUUGAAAUAAAAUAAACGUAACAUUUAAUAACUUUUUAUAAUGUUUUUUUUUAACAUUGACAAGACUAUAAUAGCAUUUAUUUGUACCGAUAGGGCAACAGAAGAAAAUUUUGUAAAACGAGCUUUUAAGGCAAAAUUGUAAGCUUCUACUUUACUCUCAUUAAACUCAUUAUAUCGUAUCGAAAAAUCCCCAUGAGAAUGAAAUGGGUACUUUUUUAUAAAACGAUUUUUUAGUAUAAUUUCCAUAUGUUCUGGAAUUGGCUGAACAUAUUGUGAUAAAUCGAAUAUCGGUAAUAUUGUAAAAAAUUAAAAACAUUGAGGAAUAUAUUUUUGUAGAUGUUUACCUCUUAAUUCAAAAACAAAAAUGAAAGUUUUUGCAAGUAUUAUAUAACGUUUUUAUAUAUUUUGUUUUUUAUUUAUGUAAAAAAUAUAAAACAUGUGGAAAUCAA